AUGUAUAUGGUAACACCAUACAUGGAGCAUGACUUGUCUGGAUUACUGGAGAAUCCGGAUGUCCAUUUUUCUGAGCCUCAGAUAAAGUGUUACAUGAUACAGCUUCUAAAAGGCCUUCAGUACUUGCAUGAGCGGAUUUUGGUCUUGCCCGGCCCUAUGACGAAGCGCCACCUGUUGCUGGUAAGGGAGGCGGAGAAGCAAAGAGAGAAUAUACGACGCUGGUUGUCACCCGCUGGUAUCGGCCGCCGGAACUUCUUCUCCAAUUACGUCGCUAUACUACCGCGAUUGACCUGUGGGGUGCUGGGUAACGUCAACCCUUCUUACCCCAAUGUUCCCAUUGUAGACCUACAGAAUGCUAAUUAUCGAGACAGGUGUGUUUUCGGCGAAAUGUUCAAGGGGAAGCCUAUUCUCGCUGGAACUAGUGAUCUUAAUCAAGCACAGCUUAUAUUCAACCUUGUGGGCUCCCCCACGGAGGAAAACAUGCCAGGGUGGAGUUCGCUACCAGGAGCAGAACCCAUACGGUCUUUUGGCUUCAAGCGCCCAACACUUGCCACUGUUUUUCAUGAACAAGGCCCUGUUGCAAUAUCUCUUCUAACAGAACUUCUGAGGCUCGAUUGGCGCAAGAGAAUAAAUGCCAUCGAUGCUCUCAAGCAUCCAUAUUUCACUACCCCUCCGCUGCCCGCUAGGCCGGGCGACCUUCCUUCAUUUGAAGAUUCUCAUGAACUUGACAGAAGAAAGUUCCGAGGACAAAAGGCUGCAUUGCCCCCUGCACCUGCUGGUGGAUCAGUUGGGAUGGGAGCUCAUGGUGAAUGGACCUCAGGCUCUUCUCGGGGAGCACCCACCACAGAUCCAAAGAAAAGUCGCGUUCCACAAGCAGCUCGCUCUGGUUACGGGAAUAACAUGCACCCAUCGUCCCGACCCCCUUAUGACAGUCGCAUGCCUGACCCAGUCCACGGCCACAAGCGAAAGGCCUCCGGUGAGCCUCACAGCCACCUUCCGGCAUGGCAACGGGAUGCAAACUUAUCACCCAAGCCACCCGCGCCUGCUAACCCUCAAUGGCAAACUGGUUCCCGUCGUGGUGGAGGCCCAGGCCAAGAUAGCAGGCGUGAUAGGCCCCCGAUACCCCGAGGAGGUGGGGGUAUAAGUGAUAGUGGGCGAGAUUCAUAUGUUCCCAAUUACGUUGGCGGUGGUAACGACAGGUAUCGAUCGGGGGUUGAUGGACCCAUGCCUCCACGACGAGAUAAUAUAGAUCCGGCAGCAAGAGAUCGAUAUUGGCGGCCAAGCCGAAGUCGAAGCCCAGAAAUGAGAGACCGCAGUCGAUCGGGAGAUCCUGGUUCUUUAUCCCAUCAUCUGUACAGGCGCUAA